AUGGCGAACACGUUCAAGGUCAAGCUCACCAACCGGAAUCCUAAAAGGCCCAUCAAGGGGCUCCCGGCUUUCGUUGAUCUGGCCGACGAUGCCACGGUCGAGGACGCCAAGAUCGUGAUUGCCCGCCAGGCGGGCAUCAAGGAUUUCAACCGUAUCGGCGUGUAUGACCCGGUAUCCAAGGAGACCCUCAAGAAUCGCAAGGCCCGCGUUCGGGAUGAGGCCGGUGUCGCCAAAACGGCUGAGCUGGUCGUCAAGGACCUGGGCCCUCAGAUUGCCUGGCGCACCGUCUAUCUCGUCGAGUACCUUGGCCCGAUUCUUUUCCAUAUCUUGAUCCCGUUCAUCCGGCCGUACAUCUACGUCUUCUCGCCCUUCGCGUACAAGAAUGAGAUGGAGACCCCUCUGACACGGGUGCAAUGGCUGCUGUUUGGCCUCUUCCACCUCCACUUUCUGAAGCGCGAGUACGAGACCGCCUUCGUGCACAAGUUCUCGGCCAACACGAUGCCCGCCCGCAACAUCGUGCGUAACUCGGCCUUCUACUGGCUCAUAGCAGGUCUACUCUGCGCGCUCGACAUUUACGCGCCGAACAACCUCGCGGCUCGAGACGAGCUCUCGCUGCUCGACUACGUCGGCCUCGCCAUGUACGCCGUCGGCGAGACGUGCAACUGGAUGGUGCACCAGCACCUGGCCAGCCUGCGCAAGCCCGGCGGCACCGAGCGCGCCAUUCCCAACUGCGUCGGCAGCAGUCUCGUCACCUCCCCCAAUUACAUGUUUGAGGUUCUGGCGUGGACCGGCGUCAUCCUCAUCAGCCGCAGUUGGACUGUCGUGGUUUUCAUCUGCACCGGUAUUGUAUUUAUGCGCAGCUGGUCGCGCGAUAAGGAGAAGGCGCUGCGUGCGGCGUUUGGCGAUCGCUACAAGAAGAAGCGGUACACCAUGCUGCCGGGACUGAUCUAG